CACAAAUAUAAAUUGAUUUUUCAAUUUUUUUUUUUUUACAGAUUAACGGGGCGAGUUGACAGCUAAGGUGCCUGUCAAUGUUGGUCAAAAUCGGUCAAAGGUCAAGAUUAAAGUCAACACAAAUAGAAAUAUUCGAGAUUACGUCAAGUUCAGCUCUAUAUAGGUUGAACAGAGCGUGAGAGCGCGGCCUCCGCCAUGAUGUUCAAACAAUAUCAUCCGCCAGUGUACCAGGGACCGUUGUGGAGAGAGGACGUGUCCCUCGCUCUCUUCCCUUACCCUUUUUCACCUGGCACAGGACGUAGAGGAGCGCUGCUAUCAUGGUGAACUGGCGAGGGCCGCGUCUUGACUCAACCUGGACUCUGGUGGCUGCCCUCCUGGCGAUGAUGCCCCUACAGGUGCUGGGUCUCUGCAUCUUCUACUUCGACUCCCGGGUCUCGACUUCGGGUAACUUCUCGUCGCCGGGGUGGCCUGGUCCGUACCCUGGAGGCCUGCGGUGUACCUACGUCUUCCAGGCCCAGAUGUUUCAUGCCGUCACCAUCACCUUCCACGCCUUCCACCUGGAGGAACCCUAUGUGGCGGGGUGUGUGGCGGACUACAUGGACGUGACCAGUGUCGAUAUGGCGGGGGUGAGACAGUUCGUUGGGAGGUACUGUGGUGGUGAGGUGGUCAGUCCUCUUCUCACCCUCCACCCUCGCCUUGAGCUGCUCCUCACUACCAACCUCGCCCUCCACGCCCAGGGGUUCUCUGCUCACUACGUCUUCCUGCACGAAGAGACGGUGAAACCCUCGGCACAAGUGAUGGGAGGCAGGGAGGUGUGUGGGGGUCUGGUGGAGGGGCCGGGAGGUAGUCUGAUAUCUCCAGGGUUCCCCCAAGGCUUCCCGGCGGGAUUGUCGUGUACAUGGCUGCUGCGGGCACGUCCUCACUACCACGUGUACCUCUAUGUGCACCAGCUCCAGCUUCAGGGCAGCAUAGCUAACUGUCGUCGAGCAGAGUUGGCCAUCCAUGAUGGAUACCAGCCACAGGGCAACUUACAGGAGAGGUUGAAGUCUUUCUGUGGUGACCUCCAUUACUACCGCAAUCAGGCUGAUAAAGUGGUUCUCAGUCAGUGGAACAGACUCCUUGUCACCUUCAGGACGGGUGAACCUUCUGACAAUACCACAAAGUUUGCAGGUUUUCAUCUUUUCUGGACUGAAGUGUUACUCACUACACAAGCUAACUGUAGCAGCCAUAGAGGAUUCUGGUGCCCACGGUCAGUGUACUGUGUGGGUAUAUCCAGGGAUGGUGGCUGCAUCACCACUGCUAACUUCUGCAUCCACCCCAGUCUAGUCUGUGAUGGUCAACCCAAUUGCUCUGAAGGAGAUCAAUCUGAUGAAACUGAAUGUCAAGAUAUGGUAAUCAUUGCAACUGCUGCAACAGCAGGGACAUGUGGAGUCAUGGUGUCAGUGGUAGGCAUAGCCAUUCUCUGGGUCAAGUGGAAACGUCGACGAAGAACCCCCUUGGCAUCCUCUUGCACUGCACAAACACUUGUCACCACACCAUCCUCAACAGCUUUCUCAAAUAGUUUACAAGGACCUGAUCUUGGUGCAGAUGUUGCAUGGAUGGAGUCCUCUGUACCAACUCCUCCACCACCACCAUUUUUGUCUUCUCCUCCACUUCCAUAUCCACUUGCACCUAUUCCUUCCCCACAGCCUCAUAUCCCCUCCCCUCUGUUGUCUAUGAUGCCAUUGGACUUGUCUUUACCAACACCCUCCUCAAAUCCAUCCCCAGUUGUGUCACCCCUGCUCCCAUCACCACCACAAUCUUCCUGGCCUCUUCUGUCACCGCCACCUACACCUACACCCACACCACCACCACCUCCUCUUUCAGAAACAAGAGACUCAAAGUGGCCAAAAUCUCUCAUUGGUUCUUCAUCUGGGUCUCCUCAAAAUAAAAUCCGUGAUUCAAAGAGAAUAAAUUAUUACUCAUCACAAAAAGAUUCAGCAGUUUCAUGUGUCUCAGCUGUUGAUGCAUUAGAACUCCCUGCCUUAGUGUCUGAUUCAGGAAGCUCUGGUAGCCACUUGUCAUCCCAACCAAGCACUGUACAUUCUACAUCUAUAGCUUCAACAUUACUAGAUGUAGGAAAACUUAAUUUGUCAGAGUCAUUAGUUCAUAAACACAAUGAACAUAUCACUGCUUUAGAUUAUAGGCCUCAUUAUGCAAGUCAUACACAUUGCUCUCACUGCCCCUACUUCACACAACCUGUUAUUCAGUGUCAUCAUAACAGAAGAUCAUGUGGUCUUGUGCGUAGCAACAGUUUACCUAAACACCACAGCUCAACCGGAACAGACCAGUCUGGCCCAGAUACCAUACACGUUAACCGUCCUUGGCCUCUCACCCCAAAGAACAGAAGACGUGGAUCAUGCAUAGGAGAUUGUGAUAAUGAGCAAGGGAGGGAAAGUCCAGAAGGAGGUAUGUGUUUUCCUUGUGUAUCAGCACCAUCAAGAGUUGCCAUGAAAUCAACUCCAGUGAUAUUCCAUCACCAUCAUGGGAAGAUGAACUUGCCGGCAUCUCACUGGUGUCCUCAUAUGAUGCAUCAUUGUAGCCCUCAUGGUCACUGCUGUCAUGGAAAUCAUGCCAUUAUAUGUUCAUCAUUUUCAGAAAUAACUGGUAAUAAAGUAUAA